GAGCCAAAGUGCUGGUAAACUUUCCUGUAUCGAGUCGAUCUUGUAUGUGAUCGAUUAAUGUAAAGUUCCAAGAAGUAAAGUGCCCAGAGAAGGGAAGCACUUAAACAUGAGCUCUGAAAAGGAAAACCUCUCUCCUCGACAGAUCGAAGAAAUACGUGACGCUUUUGACGCCUGUGAUCACGAUGGCGACGGUACAGUUGACGCCGGGGAACUAAAGAGAGUGAUGCGUGCGUGUGGGCAGAACGCCAGCACGUCCCAGAUACAGGACAUCAUCAAUGACGUCGAUCAUAACGGAAACGGAUCCUUAGAAUUUUCGGAGUUUUUAAAUUUAGUGAAAGAUAUUUAUCAGGAUCCGAAUAAGUUUGAAACCGAAAUAAAAGAGGCUUUCCAAAGAUACGACCAGGAUGGCAACGGUGUCAUCAGCCAACCAGAAUUCAAACACCUAAUUACGUCAUUUGACGAUAAAAUAUCUGAUGAAGAAAUGAAGGAUCUUCUAUCAAAAGUUGAAAUGGACAAAGACGGAAACAUCAAUUACGAUGCCUUUUCAAAGUUGCUCUACGGAAAUUAGGAGACAUAGAAUAUUACAACGCUACCUUUAUUACCAAGCUUAAAAUUGAAUACUGCCUGGAGGAAAGAAUUCUUAAAUUGAAAAAUUCAAUAAGAAGCUGGAAUUUGUAAUUGCCGUUUUCUUGAAAUUAACAAGCACCUUUCGUGCCCGCAUUUGUAAUAUGGAGAUUUAUCACCUGUUAAAUUUUUCGAUUUUCUGCAGAUUUUAUCAAAUAAUUCUUCCUUUUACAUUCUGUAAAAUCAAUUAUCGUUGGUUUUAAUGACGUUUUGGAACUAAAGCAGGGGGGUGAGUAGCAUGUCCCUCUACAUUACCAUCACCUCCUCUAGAAAGCUGCAGAGAUUGCCACAAAAUGCACUCAUCAACCAUUCUGUGGUCAAUGCAUUAUUCAUUGGAAUGACGAGAAGGACAGUCUUAAAUUGGACAGCCCCAGACGAUGCUGGAACCAACUACUCUUUUGCAGAUGUUUUGUUUGAUCUCAUUUCUUGACAUCAUUUAAUGUUUUUUUUUUGUUCUUCAUUAAUUAUAAAAUAUGCAAAACCGUUUGUAGUAGACAUAUGCUGAAAUAAAGUUGUUCAA